GUCUCAUCUAAGUCGUUCUCCAUCAUAUAGAGACUGGUUUUUGCGCCAAACAUGUCGCACUGCCAUGACGAGCACGACCACAAUCACGACCAUUCCGAAGGUGCCGCUCACGAUCAUUCAGACGACUUGACACCGGCUUUGCAAAACCACAUCUACGAACAGAUCGACUUCUCCGCCAUUAACACCCUGAACGAAUCGUCUCCACGCGCGGGCUCCAAGGUCGUACAGAAGACAUGGGCCGAACGCAUGAACAGCGAGCCCGAACUCAGCAGUGACGCCGACGAGCAACUCCUAAUGCACAUCCCCUUCACCGCCCAGAUCCGUUUGCACAGCAUCCUCCUCCGCACAUCCGCCACCGACAGCGCGCCUCAAACACUCAAGGUCUAUCUGAAUCGCGAUGAUCUAGACUUCGGUACCGUUUCAUCGUUGCAGCCCACGCAGACGCUCGAGCUAGCGCAGACAAAUGAGCUGCAAGAAGUGCCUGUGAAGCGGGCGUUGUUCAAUACCGUGCGGUCAUUGGACUUGUUCUUUGAGGACAACUGGGGACAGGGAGAGGAAGACAUUACCAGGAUCAGUUAUAUCGGGUUCAAGGGUGAGUGGAUGAAACUGAGUCGGGAGCCGGUCAACUUCCUGUACGAGGCUGCGGCGAACCCGUCGGAUCACAAGAUGAUUAGUGGGAUUGGGGAGAGGGUGGGUAGUAAUAUCGGCGGUGCCGGCGGGAGAGACGGGAUGUGAGACGCAUGUCUCUUUGGUGAGACUAGCUUGAAGGCGGGAGGGUGGCCAAAAAGCUUCUCGCACUCAAGCUCCAUUCACUGAAGCCUUGCAUCCUUUCCUGGUUAGCUCCUCGAAGCUAUCCCGCAGCUGCAGUUGCAAGCUCAGCUGGCGUGCUUCACUCUCGAACAUCCUUCGUACCCGCGAAGGCCACCACACCG